CUCGUUAACAAUUAACAACCAUUGAAAUCCCCAAAUCCCGCCCUAUUCUUAAACCCACACUCGCAAGCUUCCACUCAAAAAUUUGCAGCGCGCAAACACAUAAUAAUCAUAGACUCUACGAAGAUCGGGAAAAAAACCCCAUACCAGGAGUGCCAAAUCCAUCGAUAGUUAAACACCCAUUAAUCAAUAUGGAAACAGAUGAAGAAGACGUUUCAAGAAUUGUUCCUUUCCAGCUCCAAUUCGACAAGCCAGUAGCGUCCCAGAUCAAAAUAGCUGAAUGGAACCCAGAGAAAGAUUUGCUGGCUAUGGUUACUGAGGAUUCAAAGAUUUUGCUGCAUCGUUUUAAUUGGCAGAGGCUAUGGACUAUCUCCCCAGGAAGAUGCAUAACAUCUUUAUGUUGGCGUCCUGAUGGUAAAGCAAUAGCUGUUGGGCUUCAAGAUGGGACUAUUUCAUUGCAUGAUGUCGAAAAUGGGAAGCUGUUAAGAAGUAUGAAAUCUCACACUGUUGCUGUUGUAUGCCUCAAUUGGGAGGAUGAUGGAGGUGGAGAGAUAUCAGAUGACAAAUUUCAUACCUCAAAAUAUGAAGAUAGAACCUCUCGUUUCUUUCCUCCUCCUCCAAGAGCUCCUAGGGCACCUGGACUUGUUCCUGGAGAAACCGGUUUCAUGGAUGAAAGUGAAAAUUUAUCACAAGAGUUAUCAAAUUCCUCACAUCAACGUUUCAACAUUCUUUGUAGUGCAGAUAAAGAUGGAAUCAUAAACUUUAGUAUCUUUGGAAUAUUUCCGAUCGGGAAAAUUGAUAUCCAUGAUUUUUCUGUUACUUUUCCACUUGAAAAGGAGCAUGUUGAUUGCAAACUGCUGAAUGCUUCAAUCUGUAAGGUGGCAUUGUCCAAAGAUCUUUGUCAUGUGACAGUACUAUGUUCUGGGGAGCUACAAGUUCCAAGGCAUGAUUUGCAUGGUUUCCAUUGCUUAACACUCGAUACCUCAAUAUUCUUUAAAAGGAGAAAUGAGCUUCACCAGGUUGCUCAACAAGCUUCAAACAUUGAGGAUUUAACAGAAGUCAUUAGAGCCUCAUUGUCUGUCAUGUCUAAGCAAUGGUCUGAUGCCAUGCACACAUUUCAUGACAAAUUUGAUUCCCUCUCUAAUCUCAUUCAUGACCAUGGAUUGGACUCAACUCCACAAGAGGAGUUUCUUAGCCUUUUAGGUGGGGCCCGCACCAGUCCAGCUGUUCACCAAUUUCUAUUGACUUCACUUGGUGAAGCGGGUCUUAAGCGGAUAAUGAAGUUGGUUUGUGGGGCUGGAAAGGAUCUUCAGGUUAUUGUUCUUGAACAUUUACAGCCUGCUGCAGAGAUGAUUGGAUUUAGAUUAGGGGAAUUAAGAGGACUUUCUAAGUGGCGUUCACGUUAUAAAAGUGUUGGUUUGGAUGAGAGUUUAAUAGAUAAUGCAACUGAGAAGGCUGGUAUACUGUUGAUACAAGUUGAAAGGUUUAUGAGGGUUUUGGCCUCUUCUGUACAACAGUUUUCAAACUUCUUCAAUUGGCUUCACAAAUGUGUGAAAAUGUUAACAUCAGAACCAAGUGACCAGCACCAGAUUCUUGCAUUCAAUUGUGAACUAGUUAUUUUAUUCUUGAAGUAUUUAUAUGAUCAAGAUCCAGUAAAACGGUUGCUCGAAUCAACAGAAAUUGAUCACAGUAUUGAAGUUGACUUGGAGACAAUGGAAAGAGUACAAGAGUUGGCUCAUUUUGGGGGUUUCACAGAUUUAGAUUACUUGCGAAGAACAUUAGCAAAAGAAUUUCAACAAAUGGAAUCUUGUUUCAAAGAGGCCUUCCAGAUGCCUUUCACUACAAUUUCCAAAAAGAUCCUCUGCCAAAACUUGUUGCCACUGUUUCCUGUUGAAUCUUUGCCAAAAUCUGCAUUGUCCACUGUUCCAACAUCCAUUUCAUUUUACAAGGAACAACAGAGCUUUGUUGAUUAUGUAUCUUUUAGAUUACCCAAUGAGCCUUCAUCUGACCUAGCAAAUUGCAUAGUUGUUACAAGGUGUUUAAUGCAUGACUUAGAAGCUGUCUUGUUAUGUGUUCCUGAUGGCUAUCAAUGUGUCGAUUUGUCUCUAUAUAAGGAAUGCCAACUUGUUCUACUGUUAAACGGGCCAUCUUCUGUUUCUGAAAGCUCUGAAAAGGCUUGUAUGAUGAUUGUGCAAGCAGAUGAUCUUCCAUUUGUAUCUAUACCAACUUCUACAACAUCAACCCCUUGGAAAUUGCAACAACUUAAGGACUCGAUUGUAUAUCUGCAAAUGGAUAGUUUGAAAGUACGAGGAAUUCCUCACUCUGUGAUUGCUCCUCUAGCAGUUAGUGCAUCUAGAGGCGUUGCAUGUGUGUUUGCUGCAAGAAAGCGUGCUCUAGUUUACAUUCUAGAUGAGGAUGAAGAUGAAAUUUCAGAUGCAGAAUAGCUUCAUUUUGUUGUCCAUUUAUCUAUUUUUCACUUUUCAUAUUCAUCGUAUUUACUAACUUAAACCUUUUCUUGUAUAUGAUGGGUUUGAUUUGGUGAAACUUUUCAUAUCCAUCUUUAGUUUCAAGAUCAUAGAAUAUUAGAUUUCAGUUUGUUGUAAAUUAUUUUAUAAACCAUCUAGUUUUUAGGAUCUUUGAAG